UUAAUUCAGCACUAGACAUAUGGAGCAUCUGCUGCAUUGGGUUGUUAAUUACAGGCUGCUCCAUCUGUCAAAAUUCUCUCUCUCAUUCCCACCAAUUUCUCUUUCCUACCAUCUCCGGUUCACGAUCUCAUCUAUGGUGUUGAGUUGAUUAGAUCACAUCAACAUCAGAUCUCUUUGAAUUCUUCGUCAUAGGUACAUUUCAAACUUUACUUUCACAAGUUUCUUUAAUUUUUGCAAGGAUUGAUUUGGCAACAAAAAUAUACUGAUUAUAUAGAUAGAUAGAUAGAUAGAUAAAGAAUACUCGAUGAAUUCGAAUUACGGGAAAAAUAGUAUGAACAAUUUUGAUUUCGAUUUAGGAAUUGGAUCGAAUCGUUCUAAAUCCUUAAAUGAUCAGAAGAACAAUUCGAAUUCGAAUUCGAAUUCUCAUUCAUAUAUGUCAUCUAAAACUCCGUCGUUUUCACAACCGAAACCUGGCGCAACGACGCCGUAUUGGCAGCCAGGAAAGCCGUCAUGGACUCACCAACCGGCACCGAGUAACACCGGGGUGACUCGGUCCGAGUUGGGUGGUCCUUCCACUAUGGUGGGAGAUAUUUUUGGAAAGAGUUGGAACUCGGCUGCGCCCACCACUGGGCAGAGCACAAACAUUGGGGUUGUUAACAAGAAUCCUAAUUUGUUUGGUGAUUUAGUGAGUUCUGCAUUGGGACAGAACAAAAGUAGUAGUAAUGUUCCGUUGAAAAAUGCUGCUCCGGUGAAGAGCUCGUUUUCGAUGGGGGGUGUGGCGGAUUCGCUGCCUAAAAGUAGUAAUAAUAAUGUGUCAAAGAAUGGUGGUGCUGGUUUGGGUUCUUCUCAGGGAUAUGGAAGUUUUGGGGGUACAACUAAUAGUAGUAGUGUUUAUGGAAUCAAUAGUGUGAACAAGAGUUCAAGUAUGGGUGGUUCUUCAAUGCGGAGUGCUGGAGGUGGUGUUGGAGGUAGUGGAAUUGGAGUGGGGAUGAGCUCGAAUAAGGACCCGUUUGGUUCAUUGUUUGAUUUAUCAUCGAAGACUACUAGUGGUGGUAGUCAUAAUUCGUCUACGAAAGCCACAGCUUCCACGUCUUCGGAGGAUUUUGCAUUUGGGGAUUUCCAGAACGCGACAAAAUCAAACACAUCUACAUUUCCUUCUGGAAACAGUACUUCCUGGGGAGCUAAUUCUGGUUCAAUCCCAGAAAUGGAUAAUUUUGCCACUCAGAACCCUGCGCCUGUACAAUCUACUGGUGGUGAUUCAUUUGACAUGCUCUUCUCAUCAUCGACGACUGCUGGUGGCAGCAGUGGUGCUGCAGCAUCACAUAGUGUUGCUAGGGGACAACAGUUUUCAGGUGGGGAUGAUUGGGGUUUUGAUUCGGAAUUUGUAGGAGGACAUGAUGGGGGUAAUACUACUGAGAUUGAAGGUCUUCCUGCACCUCCUGCUGGCGUUUCAGCUUCUACUGCAAAGGGUAAAGGUUUGGAUAACUACAAACAGGGGCAAUUUGCUGAUGCCAUAAAGUGGCUUUCCUGGGCCGAAGUUCUUCUAGAGAAAGCUGGUGAGACUGCUGGAACUUUUGUGGAGGUCUUGACUUGUAGGGCCUCAUGCUACAAGGAAGUUGGGGAGUAUAAGAAGGCUGUUGCUGACUGUACUAAGGUCCUGGACAAUGAUGGCGCAAAUGUGGCUGUGCUCGUACAGCGUGCACUCUUGUAUGAGAGCAUGGAGAAAUACAGACUUGGAGCAGAUGACCUUAGAACUGUAAUGAAACUUGAUCCAGGGAACAGGGUUGCAAGAAGUACCAUUCAUCGUUUGAACAAAAUGGCUGAUUAGGAAUGUGUUACAAAAUUUUAUACCUUCAUGUUUAUAGGGUUAUGAUAAUAAUGCACUAUACCCGUUCUCCAAAGGGUGCUAUGCAUAAAAAAUGCUACCCAGUUUAUACAUGUAAUGUGCCUACCUGUAUCGGUGUCACAUGUAUGAUUUACUGUAUUGUCUUUCAGCUUGUUUAUCAUUUACCGUCACUAUUUUUUUUGUUUUUUUUUUUGUACUUCCUAGUUUUUUUUUUUCAAAUGUAACGGGUCUUUUUCGUCUAUUACAUUGAGACUUGUUUUCUUC